AUAUGUCUGCCUCCAUUCGAUAAAUAUAAAUUUAAUUAUUUAUAUAAAUUCACUACUACAUCUAGUUAGUACUAGAGACCACAGAUCCAACAAAGUGUCUACAGUGACUACAGUACUGCAGUCUACAGCAUAGAUCUGUAGACUCUCUAUGAAAAAACCACAUUACCAAAAGAUCUUAGAAUGUCCUAAUGCAACUCAUUGAAUACCUAAUUCUCCUGUUGUCAUCACACAGAUCUACAUAUUGUGAAUUUGUUUAAAUAUUUUCAGUUUUUAUUCGAUCAAAAUGGCCAAUAAACCUCUUAGAAUACUUGUGGCUGGAGAUGUCGAAGGCAACUUUGAUCAGCUUUUCAAAAGAGUUCAAUCCAUACAAAAGAAAAGUGGAAACUUUGAUCUUCUUUUGUGUGUUGGUGAUUUUUUUGGUACUAACUUGUCAUCCUGGGAACCAUACAAGACUAAAAAACUUAAAGUUCCAAUCUCAACACUAAUCCUUGGUCCUGUGAAGUCUGAGCUUACAAUAUUCUACAAUGGUGCUGAGGGAUCUGAACUCUGUGAUGGAGUUACAUAUUUAGGAAGACAUGGCAGAUUCACUGGCUCCUCAGGUUUACAACUGGCUUACCUUAGUGGCCUGGAGAGCUCAGCUAACAAGGGAGAUGACUGCACUUUCACUGCUGACGAUGGCUAUUCCUUAAUUGCUCCCAUCGCUAAUGACCCAAGUUACAAAGGCAUUGAUAUUUUGAUGACCUCUCAGUGGCCUAAAGAUGUGGAAAAAUAUGGAUCACUGGCUAAUCGUUCUCAAGAACUUUAUCCCUCAUCAUCAUGCAUUGCAGAAGUAGCAAGAGUACUGCGACCUCGAUACCAUUUUGCUGGAUUGGAAGAUGUUUUUUAUGAGAGACAACCAUACAGAAAUCAUCAAGUUCUUUUAGACUCAGCGCGGCAUGUAACACGAUUUAUUGGUUUAGCCAAAGUGGCCAACAAGAAGCAAAAGUACUUGUAUGCCUUCAGUAUUGUACCCUUGUCCAAAAUGGAGUCUUCAGAGCUGGUGAAACAGCCAGAAGAUGUGACGGAAUGUCCAUAUGUAGCUACUGGAGCCCUGAAACCUAAACAAGAAGAAAAAAGUCAACAAUUUUUUUAUGACAUGAAUGCUAAAUCAGAACCAAAGGGAAAGAAACGUGGUCAUGAAAGAGGAGGUCAUGAUAACUCCUCACAACGUUUUAGAAAUGAAGGAGAAAAAAAACACAGAAAUAAUCCCCAGCCAACUGGCCCUUGUUGGUUCUGUUUGGGAAGUCCAGAAGUAGAGAAACAUCUAGUGGUCAGUGUUGGAGAUCAGGUUUACUUGGCGCUUGCAAAAGGCGGAGUUGUGGAUGAUCAUGUGCUCAUCAUUCCAGUGUACCAUCACCAGUCUUUGGUCUCAUGUCCUGAUGAUGUCAUUGAACAGAUAGACAAAUAUAAAACUUGUCUGCGGAAAAUGUUCAAGUCACAAGGAAAAGCUGUUGUCUUUUUUGAGAGAAAUUACAAAACUCAGCAUCUACAGAUCCAGGCAGUUCCCAUACCCCAGGAUAGUGUGGUGGAUAUUAAAGAUACUUUCAUGUCUUGCGCUGAGUCUGAGUCUAUAGAACUAGCAGAGAUACCCAAACAUUCAGACUUGAAACAGAUUGUUCCGGAUGGAGCGCCAUACUUUUAUGUGGAGUUGCCAACUGGAGAAAGAUGUUUGCACAGAAUUUCUAAACACUUUCCCCUACAGUUUGGAAGGGAGGCAGUGUGUGAGCCUGCUAUUCUCAAUGUCCCAGAAAGAGUGGAUUGGAAGAACUGCAAGAUUGACAAGGAAGAAGAAACAGAGUUGGCAACCAAAUUUAAAUCUAAAUUCAAAGCUUUUGAUUUCAACUUUGACUAAAUCUGUUGUUGCUUUUGUUUUUAUAUGUUCACAAAUAUCUUUUAAUAAAAUUGUCUUAUGUUUUUAUAACUGA